CCGUCUCCGAGAAAACCGGGCGCACACUAGUCCGACUUCAAACACACGCGCGCUCAAUACCGACCACCGAGGCGGGAGCCAGAGAUGCGGGGCAGGGGGGAUAGUUUUGUAAAAGCCGCACACCAGCCGGCCUCAUCUCAAACACUGGAAAUGCCGGUAAGAAAUCCUGAGGAGAAUGACUCCUGGAACUUCCGCAGUAAGCAGAACGGCUCUAACCUCGCAUUUUCGGAGCAGACCAGGGACACAAGCUGCAGCCCUUCUCCCGCGACGCGCGCGGGCGCGCACGGCCUCCGGGCGGAGAAGUCUCGCACCCAGACGAGGCGAGCACGCCCGUCUCCAGCCGGCGCUCGACAGCCGCGAGCCCCGUCCAACAGCGGGCCCUGGCUGCGGGAAAACCCGCGGGAGGAGAGGAAACCGCAUUCUGAAUCCCUGAGAGCCUCCGGCUCCCACCGACCCGCACCGCCAUCCCCGCAGAGCGCACUCGGACCUUCGGGGCCGCCACUGUUCCUGCCGAGGCGUACCCCGCAACGGGGAACCGUCAGUCACGCAGGGGCGAAAACCCCGCCCGGACGAGCCAGCACGCCCCGGGCUGCGGGAAGGACGAGCCGGCGCACACCCAGCGCGGCGCGCGCGUGUGUACCUGCAGCGAGCACCCGGCGGGCGCGCCGGGGGAGGCGAUCCGUCACAAUGGCAGCAGCAACGGCAAAUCGAUGA